ACCGCUUGUUUUAAAAAAGUUGCGGUUAGGAAUGGUUUCACAAAACUGCAUAAGUGCCGCCACUUUCGCUACUCAAAAAGCCAAAGUCGAUGAGUUAAUGAAUGUUGAUAUAACAAAAGGAGACUUAUGGUAUAUCCUGUCUCUUAACUGGUGGACGAAGUGGGAGGAAUUUGUCGACUCGGUUUCCAAAAGUGGGAUGGUGGACGAAACCUCGGAAGAGUAUCCAGGAAAAGUUGAUAACAGUGAUAUUUUAUGUGAUGGAAAAUUAAAAGAGAACUUGCUCUUAGAAAAUGACAUCACGUUAAUACCUAGGAAUGUGUGGAAGCUGUUUGUGGAUUUUUAUGGCUGUACGCACACAGACAUUUCAGUCUUCGAACGGCGUGCCAUUCAAGCUCCUAAGUCAGCGGAAAUCGAAAUAUAUCCGCCUCACUACUCAUUCUACCUAAAUUCUCCAAAUUCAAGUGCCACUUUCCUGUUUGAAGGGACAUAUUGCAAGUUUCAGACAAUAAGAGAACUAAAGCUGAUAGUCGCGCAACACCUUAAAGUAGCACCUGGCGUGAGUGUUCACCUAUCAAUACACAAUGAACAAAACGAAUUCGAAGAACUGGAAGAUGAAGAUGCUACCAUAGAAGAAGCUAACCUUGAGCGUGAAAAAGUUAUUUUUGUUCAGCUGGAACCUAAAAAUGGAAUACGCAGUGACAUAUGCGUAAAUAGUUCACGUUUGAAGUCCAAUGACUCUAUAGGAUCUCAACCUGAAUCUCAGGUGCUGUCGUUACAUGGGUCUGGUCCACCUUUAGUACCAGGAGUUUGUGGCCUCAAUAACUUGGGGAAUACCUGUUUUAUGAAUAGUGCUCUUCAGUGUAUGUCCAAUGUUCCUGCAUUAACCAGUUACUUCCUGAGUGGUAAAUGGAAGUCAGAACUAAAUAUACGUAAUCCACUUGGAUCUCAAGGAAGAAUUGCUACUGCUUACGCAGAUCUUAUUAAGCAGCUUUGGUCGGGGACGCGAGCAUAUGCUGUGCCUCGUGAGUUUAAGAUUGAAAUUGCACGUAUUGCUCGUCAGUUUUCUGGAUAUGCUCAACAUGACACUCAUGAACUACUUGUAUUCUUAUUGGAUGGACUUCAUGAGGACUUGAAUAGAAUACACUCCAAGCCUUAUAUCGAAGUGAAAGAUUCCGAUGGUAGACCGGAUAUUGAGGUUGCAAAUGAAGCCUGGGAGUAUUACAAGUCAAGAAAUGAUUCUAUCAUUGUAGACCUUUUCCACGGACAGCUGAAAUCCACCGUGAUUUGUCCUACUUGUCAACGGAAAUCAGUCACUUUUGAUCCAUUCGCUUCAUUAAUUUUGCCUAUACAAGAAGUAUACAAAUAUUCGGUACGCGUUUAUGUUUGGCCGUGGACAUCUAAUAAAUCCCAACUUCUUCUAUUAGAGUUAACACUUUCUACAAUACCUUGCGGUCAAAAUAUUGUUGAAGCAUUAGAACAAGAGCGUCCGCCUCUUCCAGGUUGUCAGUAUUAUAUACCAAACAAAUCUGUAGAUCGCUCAAGGUAUGCCUCUCCGAUUGUUUAUGAACUGACUGAAGGUUUCCCGAUUCCUGUACUCUGGACAAGCGACAACAUUGCUCAGGGUAUCAACUUCCCUAUCUAUAUUAGUUUGCCAAUAAAUGAUGGUGUUACAGGAAUGACCAUUACCGUCUCGGAAGACAUACUUAUCAAACACAUUAUGGACCGUUUACAUGCUAUUGGUAUAAAUAGUGAACCGACUGUAUUUUCGAUCAGUGACACAUCAAAGUUAGAGGACGAAAAUACAGAUAACUCAGUUGUUUCUUGUUCACUAAGCGACUUUCACAGUAAUUCCCAUCCAGAUAAAUCGCAUACAACCUCAACCGAUCUCUUUGACCAAUCAAAACGAACUACUGAAAGUACAAUGGGCAAUUUAGUCUCAUUACUCAAAGGACGUUUAUGUCUGAAGGAUACCAGAGGGCAUGAUUGGUUAGCUGAAUCAGAAAAUGCUUUAAUAUCUCUCCCUUGUUCUGACGUUUAUAGUAUCAUUUUAGACUGCCAAAGUUUAGAAAUACGACGUAGACUCAAUGACAUUCGAAGUCAUAUACAACAACAUCCUGUCACACGACUUAAUGAAACCCUAAAACUUUCAGAUUGUUUCGAACGCUUUACUGAUAUAGAACAAUUAGGCUCAAGAGAUCUAUGGUACUGUAGUCGUUGCAAAGCAGAGAAACCAGCUACAAAGAAAUUUGAUUUAUGGAAACUUCCUGAUGUUCUUGUAGUACAAUUAAAGCGUUUCCGAUCUCAUUUACGAUUUCAUGAUAAAAUCGAUACUUUACUGGAAUUCCCAUUAACGUAAGUUAAUUUUAUUGUGAGUUUCUAGUGUUAUUCAAGUUGUGGUUACUUACACUUGUGUACCUUACAUUGUGUUCUCUUCCUUUAAUAAUUAAGGGUGUAUUGUAGUAAAGGAGAACACAGGUGAGGACAACCGAUUAUUAUGUUUAGCACAGAUUUACAGAGAUACUUGAUACAAUAGAAAAACCAUAUUCCAAUACUUCAUUUGCUAAAUGUUCAUUAAUUGUCUCAGACUUCAUUGUUCCUGUAUUUCCAUACCGAUUGCUUUCUAUUCCCGUUCUUCCCUCCUCGAUCUUCUGAACCUUCUUCUACCAGACAUUCUAUUUUUAAUUAGGGUUAUAUACUACUUAUGUCAACAUAAGUAGCACACAUAGGAUGUGUAAUUCUCAUGUAAUAGGUAUAGUGGCUACUUCAAUUUUAAUUAACUUUAUCUCAAGCCUAGUUGAAGAAACCACAUUUGAAUGUUUCUCUUAUUUAUUUCUCGGAAGUCUAUUCAAAUUUAACGUUCUUGGAACACAUUAUUUUAAAUUUUUGUCUUACAAACCUGUUAUUUCGUAUAUAGGUACCAAUGCCAAUGUUGAACUUGAUAGUUUCAAAUAAAUUGACCAUGGUAUAGAAAGUUAAUAAUAAGUAUAUUUUUCUUAUAUCCCAAUGAGUAUAAAAAUUGUAUUUCUGACAUUUUACGACUUAAUAUAAGCCUCUUCAGAGUAAAUAAAUAACCGAAAUUGUGGGAUAUAACAAAAAACGUAUUUAUUUUGAACUAUUUUUUUGUAGUUUUAUUCAUUUUUUCCAAGCUCUAUUUAUUUACAUGUUCAUUCAUGGUUGGAAGGUACUUAGGGGCGACCAAACCAAAACAUGGCAUCAGUGCUUGAAGUCACUACGUGUCUGAGCCAUAUUGGUAGAUGCAGAUUACUUGGUUGGCGUCCGCGUGACUACCUUAACCAAUAGUUAGAGACUCUUGAUGACAUGGCUCAGAAUCGAUCACAAUGACGUAGGUGUAUACACUCUCUAUCUUCCCUUAAACUAAGAGACUAACAUAUCUUUCUCCAUGUACUAUAUCCUUAAAUGCAAUGUUUCUUUUAUAUAUUACCACCAUAAUACAGUUUAACUGUAAAGUUUAGGCAUAAUUUGAACUAAUUCAUAUGAAUUACAGUAUAUUUAUUUUCUAAAUCAUUAUAGAUUAGAACCAUUCAUAUAUUUAUAUCAUUUGACAAAUAUUAAUUGUUUUAUAUUGUGUUUUCAUUCUAGAAUUCAAUUGGAAUUCUUAUAAUACACUUUUGUAUUUCUUUGCAUUGUUCUUCAGGGGAUCUCUCUAAUUAUUUACUACUUUCACUCUUCUCAUUCACAUAAGUGUUGAGUAUGAAUAAAAUAGUUGAUUUCAUAUUGUUUAUCUGGUGUUUAUUUCUUGAAGUUUAUUACAGUGUAUGAUUAUUAUUAGUUGUUCACAUGAUUCUGAAAAUUAUCUUGGAUAAAUUUUUCUAAAAGUUUUAUUCUUUUUUUCAAUUGCAUUUCUACUUUAUUAAAAUCUAAUUAAACAAAUACACUAGUGGCCUAAAUUUGACUUCACGUGUACUUGAAAAGAAACCAGACGAGAAAUUUAUCUAUGACUUAGUAGCUGUAAGCAAUCAUAUGGGAUAUUUGGGUGGUGGUCAUUACACAGCAUUUGCUUUAAACGCUCACACUAAUCGAUGGUACUUUUUCGAUGAUUCUUCAACACGAGAAUGUGAUCCUUCUAAAAUUGUAACUAGUGCAGCAUAUGUGUUAGUUUAUGUACGCCGCAAAGUUGGCUCUACGCAAAUAUACAGCGUGAUCAACAAAAAUGACGAGGAAGAAGAUUCUUCGUCUGAAACAGAUGAAAAUGGUCUUUCAAACGGUGCUUUAUCUUCACAUUAUAUAACUAAAGGUUGUAUGCAAGAUAGUCGCCCUGGCAACGCAAACUCAUCUUCUAAUCUUCAGGAUCAAGAUCUGAUGGAUAUUGAAUAAACGUCUUUGCCUUUUCUUUUUGUAGUUCCACUUCCUUUCAACCUAACCACAUCGCUUCGACUUAUGCAGUCACUCAUAUUUUUAUGAGUUUAUGCAUGAUUACAAUGUAUGUUAACCUGUUCAUUCUCGGUGAAUCAAGUGAAGUAAUGACAUUUAGACGUUUUUUCCGGACAAUAUCCCAUCCCCUCAUCUUAUUCUUGUUCUUCAGUUAACAAAUAAUUCUUUACCUCUCCAGUUACUCACUUCAGUUUUAAUUUUGGUCACAAAAAGUUGUUUACUAUGCAGUUUGCUUUUUGUCCCAAUGAAUGUAUAUUCACAUCGCAGUAAAAUAAAUUCAAAUCCUUA